UCAUCAUAGCUUGGUAGUUUCUGUUCUGUUUUGGGCGGAGGCUUUUUUUAAUUUAUAUUUUAAUUUUAAUUUAUGUUUUCCUUUUCGUUGUAUUCAUUCAAACAACAUAAAUAAAAACAAAUUCCGCUACAAUGAACGCACAAAAUAUAACCAUUUGUGUUGUAUUAUCCGUAUUAUGUUUAAUUCAAACAGGUUUGGCCAUAAAAUGCUGGGAUUGUCGCUCUGACAACGAUCCCAAGUGUGGAGAUCCCUUCGAUAACAGGACCCUAGCUAUAACAGAUUGUUCACAAGAAAAGGAAUUGCCACAUUUGCCAGGUGUGCAAGCUACCAUGUGCCGCAAAAUUCGUCAAAAAGUUGGUGGCGAAUGGAGAUACUUCCGAAGCUGUGCCUGGAUGGGAGAACCCGGUAUUGGUGGCGACGAACGUUUCUGUCUGAUGCGCACUGGAACGUACAACAUUUUCAUGGAAUACUGCACCUGCAACAGCAAAGACGGUUGCAAUUCAUCGGGCUUCCUAGGACCCAAUUCGCUGGCUGUGGCGAUCACAUCCGGCUUUGUGUGUCUCGUGGCGUGGUUGUUGCAUGUUUAAUUAGAACAGAUGACUCCUUGGCAUUUGGCAUUUUCGCCUUUGCUGAUUAGCAAAUUAGAUGAUAAGAGAAUCUCCGUUUAUAUUUUAAAAACAUUUCGUCGUACAUAGUUUUGUAUUUAUAAAAGUGCCUGUGUUCUUGUUUUUGUACAAAAAUGAAAACAUACAAGAAUCAAUUCCGUCCAAAUAUUAAAUCUUUCCAGAUUUGCAUUCUUAAUUUUUUUUUAUAAACUAAAUAAAACUGACAAUUUUAAACAAAUUAAAAUAAUUCUAGUGCUCAAGUGCUCUUUUGACUUUAGUCUUAAUUAUAUUUUAAUGUUAAAUGAAUAUACAUACAUACAUUAAUUAUAAACAAAUACAAAAACACGUCCAUAUAUAUUUUUUGUACACAAUAAAGUCAUUGAACUUUUUUUAAGUUGAAAAAUAA